AAGGCGAAAUGAUAUCAUUUUUUGCGCAAAGGCAAGGCGCGGUGCAGCAGCAGUAUUCUGGCUGAUGGGGCAACGUCGGGCCUCCCCUCCGACGAAGUGCCACACAGCAUCUAAGGCAAAGAAAAUGCUCACUUCCACCCCGAGCUCCGACGGCUGGACCAAGGGGAACUCAUGCCCCGCAUCCCUAUGCGCGAUCUGGUCCAUGAGCUGCGCGAUGCCGCGCGCGGCCUCCUCUGGGUCCCCCUCCAAGCCGGGGGCGACAAGGAACGCCUGCACAUCGGGCCAGGAAAACCACUUCGGGAGAGCCCAGUCCUGAUCUUCACUUGCAGCUCGUACCGCUGCCACCGCAGCGCGAUUCGCAUGCAUGUCUGCUCCGACCGCCUCGUUGCGCGCGCCGCCUAACCCCAACAGCGCGUGCAUCCCUUCCACGCCCGGCGCGUGGAGGACUUCCUCCGACACGCCACCCUGCUCCACGGCGGCGCGCUCUAAGGCAGACGCGACGCCACAGGGUCUCCGAAAACAGCGUCUCCAUCGACUCUGUACAAAGGCUGGGAAGCCGACGCAGAAAAGAACCCGAAAAGAGCAGAGCCCUUUGGGAUAGUGCCAACGAGAGAGCCCUUCGAAAAUGCCGUAGCGGCCGCAUUCGUCACGUCAGUGGAGGCAGGAGGCGGAGGGGGAGGGGGAAGAGAAGGAGGACGGGGAGGAGGGAGGAAUACGGAGGACGGAUGAUGCAACGAGAAGGGGAGAGAGAGAGAGAGAGAGAACGAGAGAAAGAGAGCAAGAGAGAAACAGAGAGAGAGAGAGAGAUUGGCGGCGAGAGGCAGGAGGCGGGAGGAGGAAAAAAAGACGCGACCGCAGUGCUCCAUUCACAACGAAUACCCAACCAAGGAGGGUUGGGAACAAUGACAAUUGGACGGCAGUCCGCCGAGCCAAUAACAACUAGAGUGUCCUCUGGCAGACCGGCAACAAAAUAUUCACCGACCUAUGCUUCAAAUACUAAGGAUCGCGGAACCCGUUACAAAAAACAUGAACAAUGCACACUGCAAGGUUCCAAGAGCCGCGCGAGCAAACGGACCCUCCCCAUCCCUCUCCCGCGCUGGAAAGACCCAGCGCUGCCCACCUCUCCGACCUCGCAACUGUAAGACGUAUGCCGUAGCGGCCGCAUUCGUCACGUCAGUGGAGACAGGAGGCAGGAGGAGGAGGGGAGGCGGGAGGCGGGAGGAGAAGGAGAACUGGAGAACUGGAGAGCGUAGCCAGACACCGGCCCACAGACAGACAGACAGACAGGCAUACAUACAUACAUGCCCAAGGAUGUGGGCGCAAGGUGGAGCGACCCGCUCUUAAGAGUAAAGCAAAGCAUUAAAUUCACUGGGCUGACCGCAGGCGGACGUCACCUGCAAGCCAGCAUUGCAGCCUGACACGCCUUGGCGCGAACGGCACACAUACUGAGGCGCCGACCAAUUCCCUUUCGGAACAUUCGAACGCCAACAAUGAAACUUCGCCACCCUGUCGCAGGCACGUUGGGGCCAUAUGAGAGCGCUCGUUGGCUUUCGGGAAAUGUUUCUGCUGGGGCGGCGGUGAUUCGCCGUAUGUUCGAUACCUAAGAUGGAGCGCCCAACUACGAGGAUCUGAGCCAUCCCAAACUAUGGUUGGCGCCGCGCCGCCGUUCGUGCCAGUUGAGACCUGCAGAAAUGAGGUUGGCCAACAUUGGCUGGAAGAUCACACUCCACUGGUAUGAGCACGAGCUGCGAACAUCAAAGACGCCCAAGGCGAGGUAAGCGCGACGCGGAGCCCGACCGAUUCGCCUUUUCCGUGGCUUUGUACAUUCGCAGCACGCCCUCGAAGAUGUCCCUGACAUCAUCAUUUAUCAGAUUCAUCUUAUGGCCGCACGGGGAAGUCAGAAUCGCCUUGGGCGCUUGUGUAUGGCAGCAAUUGCCCUCGCAGAAGUCGAUUGUCUCGACCCCCGGUGCCCGGCCGCUCCGCACGAGCAUGUUGAGCAUGGUGUAGGCUGCGACCUCGUGGAACACGCUGCCGCAGCUGGAUACGACGUCAGCUGGCGCCAGUCGGGCCAGACGUGGUAGGGAAUAUAAAGAAUGUCGACCCAACCGAAGCAGAGCCUGUUCUGCCCCCAGUUCCGCAGAGCGGGUAGGGCCUGCACUUCUGGUCUCCUCAAGAUCUGGAGGCCCUGAUCUAAGAAGGGCGCCCUGUUCGUCGCCGUCGGGCGAUGGUCAGGCAGCGGCGUCGUGAACCAGUUGCCCGUCUCCAGGAAGUGGCCGUACAGCUCUUCGCCCUCGAGGCAUCGGUUCGGGACUUCCUGCUCCAUCCACUUCGGGUUUCCAUUUGGAUCCUUGAUGGUGUCGUUGUUCUUGUCCACGGCAUGCCACCUCAAGAGCAGCCCGCUGUCCGUGAUCCAGACCUUCCGCCCGUCGAGACGUUCGAUCGGGAACAGCCCUGGGUUGAUCCACAUAUCGGCGUGGAUCCACAGCGCCCCCGCCGGGGCUGGCCCCUUCAGGCUGUCGAGGGACCCGAAUAUUCCCGCCAAGCAGGUCGCGGUGUUGCAGGCUGACACGCAGUUGCCCCGCACGGGGUCGCAUGGGCCCCUCCCGGGUGCCCUCGACUCCCACACGUCCCAGAACAGCUCGUAGUACCUGGCGUAGAGGUACCUGCGCUCCUCUCGAACGUUAUGGAGAACGAGGAGGUACGAAGCGAACGGUCCCCGCGGGGAGGCAGGUCGCGUCGUGGAGGGCGGGGAAGCCUCGCCGCGGGCGGCCUCGCCGCGGGCGGCCUCGCCGUGGAACGGCCUCGCAGUGGACGGCCUCGCCGUGGACGGCCUCGCCGUGGACGGCGACGGGGUGCGGGGCGGGGCGGCGGGGGAGGUUCAAGGGAGGGCCAGGACCUGGCGCGGGGAAGGCCCGCGCCGAACAGAGCGGGGAGCCCGCCGCUGCCGUACCCCGCGCCUCGGAGGCCCAAGGCCGCCAGCGCCAGCGCGGCCAGAAGCGGGGGCGCCGUGCGGCAGCCCACGCGCAGGGACACGGGCCAGCCGCCCGGCCCGCCCGGCUCGCACCGCCCGGCUCGCAUCAGCGCCGGGAGGAGGAGGAGGAGGAGGAGGAGGAGGAGGAGGAGGAGGAGGAGGAGGAGGAGGAGGGAGGCCUGCCGCCGUCGCCCUCCCGCUCCCGCGGCGGCCUGGCGCGGGGGCGGUGCCGCCCGAGCGGCCCGCGCGAGCAGGGCCUGGGGCGGGGCUGCCUGGGGCAGAGGCUUGGGCCACAGACUGGAGCCUGGGCUCGAGCCAGCCCUCCUCGUGCU